AUGACGCAUAACCGCCCACUUCUAAUCCCACAUAAACGCCCUCUGCUCCCCCCAACAACACACUCAACCUCCAACUCACACCCUGUAUACAAGACGCUCAACCCCAGCGCAAAGCCCGCAACGACCGAAUUGAAAUCACCCCUUUCUUCGGACGAACACGUGCACGAAACGGUCGCACUCAAUAGUGCCAGUGUGCCACGAACAGAGUACUCGUUUGCGGCUGCGCCGCAGCCUUUUCUGGACCCGUCGGCGUGGGAGGGUAUGUUGAAACGGGCGGCGAUGCGCGCACAGGCGCGAGAGGCGGGAGCACCUUCUGAUGCGGAAGGUCACCUUGGUGGUGCGACGAGGAGCGGUGAAGCUGGAGCUGGAGCUGGGGAGACGCCGGAUCAGCGGCGCAGGAGGGGAGAGCAGGAGGCCGAGUAUGGGUCGAUGGCAAUUCGGGGGAGGGCGAUUGUUAGUGGUCGGGGGAAGAGGACGAGGGCGAGUCGGGGGGGAUAUUGGGGAGGGCGGGUGUGA